AUGGCAGCACCAACCUCUGCCUACAAGGAUAGGCAAUUUCUUGCUGUCAUCGGAGAUGAAGACUCAGUUACUGGUCUGCUUCUAGCUGGGAUUGGUCAUGUCACGCAACCCCCGGACUCGCAGAAAAACUUCCUUGUCGUUGACAGCAAGACGGAUAAUGCGGCUAUCGAAGAAGCUUUUGAAAGGUUCACAACCGAGAGAAAGGAUAUUGGAAUCUUGUUGAUCAACCAACAUAUUGCUGAGAGAAUACGCCACCGGGUCGAUACAUAUACCACUGCUUUCCCAGCUCUACUCGAAAUUCCAAGCAAGGAUCAUCCGUACGACCCCGAGAAGGAUAGUGUGUUGAGGAGAGUGCGAAGACUUUUUGGCGAGUAG